AUGCAGUGCUACACUGAACUGCUCGCGCCGAGCGUCGUCUCGCACGCCGUCUCCCUCCCCUUCCUCGGCCCGCGCGCCGACAACUGCGUGAUUGCCAAGACCUCCUUGUUGCAGGUCUACGGCGUGCAAACAGACACAAACGCAGCCACCGAGGACUCAACCGACUCCCGACUGGUGUUGAUUGGAGAGUACCCGCUUGCUGGAACCGUGACGUCUCUCGCGGCCAUCUCCGGCAUCAGCACCAAGUCCGGCGGGCAUGCUAUCCUGAUCGCAUUCCGAGACGCCAAACUGAGUCUGGUCGAAUGGGAUCACGAGAACCACCGGAUCGCCACCAUCAGCAUCCAUUACUACGAAGGCGACAACGUGCUCAGCCAGCCUUGCGGGCCGCCAUUGAGUGAGAGCGACAGCAUAUUGACCGUGGAUCCGAGUUCACGAUGCGCCGCCUUGAAGUUUGGCGCGAGGAGCCUAGCCAUCCUCCCGUUUCGACAGGCCGAGGAUGAUCUCGGGGAAGCUGGUGAGGAUGGAUACGAUCCGGAGCUCGACAUCGCGCCGCCUGCGAACCCGCUCAAAAGGACUCAAUCUGCACUGCACGAGAGUGCUAAUGGCGAGGCCAAGCAGACACCGUACAAGUCUUCAUUCGUCCUACCUCUCACCGCCCUGGAUCCAUCAUUGACACACCCGGUCCAUUUGUCAUUCCUCUACGAAUACCGCGAACCCACCUUUGGCAUCCUCUCCGCCUCCGUUCAGCCUUCGUUCGCUUUGCUUGAGGAGCGCAAAGACAUCUUGACCUAUACCGUCUACACGCUCGAUCUCGACCAACGCGCAUCCACCAACCUGGUCUCCGUACCGAAGCUGCCCUCGGAUCUCUGGAAAGUCGUUCCUCUAUCUUUGCCAGUAGGUGGAGCGCUUUUACUCGGCACGAACGAGAUUGUUCAUGUGGAUCAGAGUGGCAGAACGAAUGCGGUCGCUGUCAAUGAAUUUGCAAAGACGGCGAGCAACUUUGGCAUGGCUGAUCAGUCCGAUCUGAAUAUGAAACUCGAAGAUUGCGAAGUCCAGGCGCUGGAUCCCAAGACUGGUGAUGUGCUGAUUGUGCUGAGCGAUGGGUCAAUGGCGAUUCUGACUUUCCGAAUCGUUGGCAAGAACGUUGGCGGCUUCACAAUUUCCCGUCUAUCCGCCGAGCAGGGCGGGGAAUUGAUUGAGACAGCACCGUCCUGUGUGAUUGCGCUUCCGGAUAGGAGGGUGUUUGUUGGAAGCGACGAUGGCGACUCCGCGCUUUUCCGCUGGACCAGGCCCAGCACAACGCUGAGCCGGAAACGUUCGCAUGCGCAAAUGCUCGAAUCUGAGCAGGCCGAUGAAGAAGACGAAGACGCCGACGAAGAUGAUCUUUAUGCAUCUGCGGCGAAACCAUCAGAGCCGAUCCUGAACGCAUCACCGAAGAAUGCAGCUUCCGCAUACUCCUUCACUUUACUCGACACCCUACCGUCCCUAGGCCCGAUCAAUGAUGUGUGCUUUGGUCGCUCCGAGUCAAUGCCAAAGGAUAAGCUCGAACUCGCGGCGGCAACUGGGCGAGGCAAAGGAAGUCGGCUUGCUUUCAUGAGUCGAGAGAUCACUCCCGAAGUCCUCUGGUCUACGCCCUUCGCAGACGCACGAAAUGUGUGGAGCUUAAAGACCAAGGCCAAAGACGGCGAAUCCGUGGAUGAUCUGGACAAUUUAUUAUGCGUCUAUGGUAGCGAAGGCACCAAGCUGUACGACAUUGUGCAUUCCGAUGAGCCAAAGGACAAACCUCAGUAUAGAGAGCGCACAGACACCGACUUCGAGGCUGAAGACGAGACUCUCGCAGUCUAUGUGCUUGAUGGCGGCAGUCGUAUCCUACAUUGCCGACGAAGCGAGCUCAGGAUGUAUGAUGCACCCGACUGGACCCUAGGCCAAAUCAUUCCCAUGCUCGACGAGGCCACAGAUGCAGAAUUGAACAUUGUGCACACCGCCUUCUGUCACCCCUACAUCUUGGUUGUUCGCGACGAUAGCACCGUCGUUGUUCUCAAGGCUGAUGCCAGCGGUGACUUCGAGCCCCUGGAAGCCGAAGGCGUGCUCAAAGAUACCAAGUGGUUGGGCGGCUCCUUGUACCGCGGUCCGUUGUUCGACAAUGAGACGCUGGCUUUCCUUCUGAGUGGCGCGGGUGGCUUGACGGUGCUCAAACUCUCCACUCUCUCCGUGGCAUUUGCGAUCUCAGGUCUUCCCAACCUACCUGCUGUGCUCUCCCCAGACGCCGUCCAGCGAAGAGGUGGUGUCCGAGAGACGCUGACCGAGCUUCUGGUGACCGAUGUCGGAACGGGCUUAUGCAGGCAGCCAUAUCUCGUCCUCCGCAGUGCACUGGAUGAUUUGACACUCUAUGAGCCCUGGCGAAGCGGUUCCGGCCCCUGGGAAACAAGUCUGCGCUUCCGCAAGGUCCCCUUUCAGUACAUGCCGAAAUUCGACGAAACCACGGCAGAGGAAAAUGACGGCAAACCCGCCCCUCUGCAAACGAUGAUCAUCGGAGAGCGCAAUGUAAUCUACAUCCCCGGAAGUGAACCUAGCUUCAUCCUGAAAGAGCCGUACGGCCAGCCGAAAGCCCUUGGGGUCCGGGCCAGAGGUGUGAGGGCGAUAACUACGCUCAACCAUGCAGCCUGUCGUGACGGAUUUGCGACCAUCAACUCGAGUGGUGACUUCACGGAGUGCCGCAUGCCCUCCGAAACUGACUAUAGCACCGGCUGGGCGGUCCGGCGCAUGCGGGUUGGCACUCCGAGUGGGGAGGUCUCACAUAUCACCUACCACGCUGACAAGCAGAUGUAUGUUGUGGCGACGUGCCGAGAUGUUGAUUUCUACUUUCCCGAGGACGACGGAAAGCACCACGAACAAGAUGAUGUCACACUUCGGCCUCAGGGCCCGCAAUAUACUCUCCACCUCCUCUCAGCAACCACUCGCAACAUCAUCAGUUCCGCCGAUCUACCCUACCUCGAAACCGUCACAUCUCUUAAGGCAAUGCCCCUCGAAAUCUCCGAGCACUCACACGAACAGAAAUCCAUGAUUGUCGUCGGCACCGCCCUCCAGCGCGGCGAAGACAUGCCAGCCAAAGGCGUCGUCAGCAUCUACGAACUCCUCGAUGUAGUCCCCGACCCCGAGCGCGCCGAGAGUGGCUGCAAAUUGCAUCUCCAUUCGCGAGAGGAGACUCGCGGCGCCAUCACGGCCGUGGCGCCCUUCAACGGCGGCCUCAUCGGCACAGCGCAGGGGCAGAAAAUCAUGAUUCGCGGUCUGAAAGAAGACGCCUCCUGCCUUCCCGUCGCUUUCCUCGAUGCCCAGUGCUACACGACGCAGCUCAAAACCCUCGGCCGCACAGGCAUGUUCCUCGCUGCGGACGCAUGGAAGGGCCUUUGGUUCGGCGGUUUCACGGAGGAGCCGUACAAGCUCUCCGUCCUCGGCAAGAGCCGGGCGCGCAUGGAAGUCGUCGCUGCGGAGUUCCUGCCGCACGAUGGACAACUCUUCCUCCUAAUUGUCGACGCAGACAUGGAUUUGCACGUCCUACAAUACGACCCUGAGAACCCUAAAUCAAUGUCCGGCGCGCGUCUGCUGCACCGCAGCACGAUGCAUCUAGGGCACUUCGCGAGCGGCAUGACGCUACUGCCCUCAACACUAUCCUCCCAAGGCGCAGCACAAGCAUUGUUGGCAAAUGGUGACACGGCUUCGAGCGACAGGACUGCAGACAGCACCGCCUUGUCACAAGUCCUACUUACGACUACCAGUGGCGCCGUAGGCUUGAUCACCCCCCUAGACGAAGCAACAUACCGCCGCCUAGGCUCGAUCCAAACACAACUGACUUCCCUGCUGGAGCAAGCGGCCGGUCUGAACCCGCGAGCGUACCGCGCGGUGGAGAACAAAGGGUUCGAAGCGCGGGGCGUGAUUGACGGGUCUUUGGUGCAGCGCAUCGGCGAGCUGGGCGCAGCGAGAAGGUCGGAAGUGUUGGGCCGCGCGGGAGCGGAUGUGUGGACUCUGCGGAGCGAUUUGGAGGCUGUUGGGGGUGGGGGUCUGGGGUAUUUGUGA